AUGUUUUACAUCAUUCGAAGUUUCAGUAAAAACUUUUCUACAAACAUAAUAGUAAAUAAAAGACAAUUUAAUUUAAAGUUCUUUAAGCUGCAUUUUACAAAAAAACAAAAUAAAGUAUUUUGCGAAUUCAGUACUAAUAUCAAUGUAAAUCUACCUGAUAACAAUUUUAAAACGAUGAAAAUUCCUAACCUGACACAUUUUAUUUCUUGUAUAAGUUCAGAAGUUCAAACAUUGAAAAAUAUGUUUAUUGAAAAUAAUCAUGAAAUAAGAAUUGUCGGUGGUGCUGUUAGAGAUUUGUUAUUAGGAAAAAAACCUGAAGAUCUGGAUUUUGCAACAACAGCGACUCCUGAUGAAAUGAAAAAAAUGUUUGAGAGUAACAAAGUUAGAAUGAUAAAUAUGAAUGGAGAAAGACAUGGAACAAUAACAGUUAGAUUAAAUGAAAAAAAUUAUGAGAUAACAACAUUGAGAAUUGACACAAUUACUGAUGGACGUCAUGCCGAAGUUGAAUUUACUAAAAAUUGGUUUUGCGAUGCUAAUAGAAGAGAUCUCACUAUUAAUGCAAUGUAUUUAGAUUUCAAUGGAACAUUAUAUGAUUAUUUAACGAGUACGUUUGUUGGUGAAGCCUCAUUAAGAAUUCAGGAAGAUUAUUUAAGAAUUCUUAGAUACUUUAGAUUUUAUGGGAAAAUAGCCAAAGAACCUGAUAAUCAUGAAGAAGAAAUACUACAAAGUAUAAAGGAAAAUGCCAAAGGUUUGGUAACUAUAUCUGGCGAAAGAAUUUGGACAGAAAUUAGUAAAAUUUUAAUGGGGAAAUUUGUUUAUGAAAUAUUAUCAAAAAUUCAAAUGUUAAAUGUAGGAUCAUAUAUUGGUUUUCCUUCCAGUUGUAAUUUAUCUGAAUUAAAAAGAGUGACAGAAAAUUUAAAAAAAUUUGAAUUUUCUGCAAAACCGAUGACAAUUUUUUCAUCGUUAUUUCAUACACAAGAAGAAAUUACUGAUUUUUAUUUAAAAAUAAAAGCAUCUACUUUUGAUAAACAAUUAGGAUAUUUUAUUAUUUUAAAUAGAAAUGAUAAAAAGGAACAGGAAUCUAUUAAAGUUUAUCAAAGAUAUAUCCUCACCGAACAGAACUCACGGCAAGCCUUAACCUUUUCUCUUGAAUUAUUGAAAUAUAAUGGAAAUGUAGAGCUUCAUAAAGAACUAGAAAAUUGGAGAAUCCCAAAAUUUCCACUUAAUGGCAACAUGCUGAAAUCAAAAGGAGUUAAUGGAAAAGUAUUAAGCGAAUUAAAAGAAAUUUGGAUAAAGGAAGAUUUCAAUAUUGAUAAUAACAAACUACUCGAGUUUGUGCCAGAAAUAAUGAAUGAAAAAUUUUCAUCAUUCAGAGAUGAAAAAAAUGAAAUAAAAAAGCUGCAAUUGUAA